AUGGAGCUUCCAGACGACACUAGCUUGGACUGGCAGGGUCGGCAAGUGCUGCUGACGAGGAAAGAGGGGGAUCUGAGUGGGGAGAAGGCGGAGGGGGAGAACGUGGAGGGGGGAGAACGUGGAAGGGGGGAGGCUGAGGGGGAGAAUGUGGAAGGGGAGAAGGAGAAAGAGGAGGAGACGAGGGACAACGGGGCAGAGAGGGAGAAAGAAGAUGCCAAGGGGAAGGAGGAGAGGAAGUUCUUCCCCCAGCUGCAAGCAGCAGCGCCCAUAGGCGCGGGGCAGCUGCUGCUGCGCCUGCCCCUGCCGCUGCUGCUCAACGCCUCGCGCUGCUCUGCGCCCUCCCCCCGCCUCCCCCUCCCCCCGCGCCUCCCCGUCUCCCCCGGAGGUGCCCUCGCCGCCUGCCUGCUGCUGCUGCAGCAGCAGGGGGAGGGGGGCGAGCCGGGGGGAAGGGAGGGGGGAGGUGAGGCCGGCGAGGAGAGCUGGGGAGCGCAAGUGGUGGCGGCGCUGCUGGCGUCCCGCACAGCCCGGCUGCUGCCCAUGCUCAGAAACGACCUCCCGAGCUCGAAGCUCGCCCUCCCUUUCCAUGUGUUGGCCUUCCCCUUCCGUUUCGACUCUCCCUCGCCGACAGCAUCAGUGGUUGUCUUUGGCUCCGCUGAACCACCGGGGGGACUCGCCGAGGGCUCCACAUGCGUCGUGUCCAAGAUGGCCAAAGCAGGGGGGUGCCUGGGGCGUUUUACCGCUUCCAACAGGUUCUGGAUGGCAGCUAUGUCGGUGUCGUUGUGGCCUUUCGACGCCCGUGCAAGAUCAACGGCCCCGCCGCCGGUGGCUAGCGCUGCCCUCACGCCCUUCUCCGCCGCCUCGUUUACCGACGUCGGCGUCGCGCUUGAGCCUGCUUCCGGCUGA